GAUAGUGUGCCAGCUUGGCCUGUGGACCGCCACAGACAACAGAGCCCACGCUCUCUCUAGGAAACAAUUAGGGUGGUGCCUGAGGCUCGCGGGCCGGGGCUGCUCCUCGCUCCCCAGGCUUUCUGCAGUCCUCCGGCCGGGGUGGCAGGCAUUCGCGCUGAUCUUUCCUGUUGCCUGGCUAGUGACCCCCUACAGGAAGAUAGCUGGUGAGCCAGGGGGCGGAGCAGCCCGCUGCACGUGUCUGGCUGCUCAUAUCAACUUAUCAUAUAAGGAAGGGAAAGUGAUUGAUUCGGAUACUGACAGUAGACCGGGGGAAGAAACAAAGGCAGGGAGCCGCUGUGCAGAGUCGGGGCAGGCCUCCAGCGAGCAGCGCUCGGCCCUCCGCAGGGUGACGGCUGCAGGGGACGGUCGGCAGCAGAGGCAGCGCCGGGACCCAGCCGCUGCGGGAGCGGGAGGAGGAGGGGGUCUCACGGAUGGACUUGGCCGCUCCGCACAGCCCUGAGGUCUGACGGCCAGGGGUCGGGACGCCCGUGUGCCCGCCGCUUGCUGAACGCGCAGCUCCUAAGCCAGAGAGAAUGUGGCAGAUCGUCUUCCUGACUCUGGGCUGCCACCUCCUCUCGGCCACAGCCUACAGCAGCGUUCGGAAGAGCGUGGACGGCACCGGGAAAAGGCAGUUCCAGGUGCAGAACGGGCCCUGCAGCUACACCUUCCUGCUGCCGGAGGCCGACAGCUGCCGCUCUCCCUCCAGCCCCUACGUGACCAACGCGGUGCAGAGGGACGCGCCCCUCGACUACGACGACUCAGUGCAGAGGCUGCAGGUGCUGGAGAACAUCCUGGAAAACAACACGCAGUGGCUGAUGAAGCUUGAGAACUACAUCCAGGAUAACAUGAAGAAGGAGAUGGUGGAGAUCCAGCAGAAUGUGGUUCAGAACCAGACUGCUGUGAUGAUAGAGAUUGGAACCAGCCUGCUGAACCACACGGCUGCACAAACACGUAAACUAACUGAUGUGGAGGCCCAAGUAUUAAAUCAGACAACAAGACUUGAACUUCAGCUUCUGGAACAUUCUCUUUCUACAAACAAAUUGGAAAAGCAGAUUUUGGACCAGACUAGUAAAAUAAGCAAACUACAAGAUAAGAACAGUUUGCUAGAAAAGAAAGUUCUAGACAUGGAAGACAAGCACGUGGUUCAGCUACAGUCAAUGAAAGAGGAGAAAGACAAGCUCCAGGUGCUGGUGUCCAAGCAGAACUCGGUCAUCCAGGAGCUGGAGAAGCAGCUGGUGACGGCCACCAUCAACAACUCAGCCCUUCAAAAGCAGCAACAUGACCUGAUGGAGAGAGUCAACAGCCUACUGACCAUGAUGUCCACGCCAGACAACAAGAGCUCCUUUGUCAGUAAAGAAGAGCAAACCGUUUUCAGAGACUGUGCGGAAAUCUUCAAGUCAGGUAUCACCACCAGCGGCAUCUACACGCUGACCUUCCCCAACUCUACAGAGGAGACCAAGGCCUACUGUGACAUGGAGACAGGCGGAGGUGGGUGGACAGUCAUCCAGCACCGGGAAGACGGCAGUGUUGACUUUCAGAGAACGUGGAAAGAAUAUAAAGAGGGUUUCGGCAGCCCUCUGGGAGAGUACUGGCUGGGGAACGAGUUUGUCUCACAGCUGACAAAUCAGCAGCGCUACAGGCUGAAGAUACUCCUGAAGGACUGGGAAGGGAACGAGGCUCACUCCCUGUACGAACAGUUCUCUCUCUCAAGCGAAGAGUUCAAUUACAGGAUUCACCUCUCAGGCCUUACGGGCACCGCAGGCAAAAUAAGCAGCAUCAGCCAACCAGGAAGCGACUUCAGCACGAAGGAUGCGGACAACGACAAAUGCAUCUGCAAAUGUUCACAGAUGCUCACAGGAGGCUGGUGGUUCGACGCAUGUGGUCCUUCCAACUUGAACGGAAUGUACUACCCGCAAAAGCAUAACACAAACAAGUUCAACGGAAUCAAGUGGUACUACUGGAAGGGCUCAGGCUACUCGCUCAAGGCCACAACCAUGGCAAUCCGGCCAGCGGCCUUCUAGACAUGCACCAAAGACUAGCACCAAAGCACUGGGCAUCGCUGCUGCACACCAGCCCACUUUGCACAGCAAGUGGCGCUCCUGGGGCCAGCAGAUCUGUGUGUGCCAGACUGCAGCCCACGAAGCGCAUCAUUUAAACCUGCACCGCUUAACCAACCAAAGGAAGGCGGAAGGCAGCAGCGCCCUGGCACUGUGGUCUGGAGAAACACCUGUGCGAAGGUGACGUCGAGGCUGAGGGCCACAGGGACAGCUGCAGCCUCUGUCACAACCAAGAACCUUAUGUGAGAGUUUAUCAGUAAAUAACUGGAAAACAGAACACUCAGGCAGUGCAGAUAACUGUGGAACCGCAUUCCUCUAAGCACUGUUUAUAGGCUGUGUCAGUAUCUGUGCGACCCGAAUGCAGCGCCGCCUUCCUGGUGACCCUCUAAGCCGCAGCAGCAUAUAUUCAGGGAUUUUCUAACUGGUUAUGACAAUCUAAUGUUUGGAGAAACAGUGUAUUUUUCCCCUCUUAUGUGUUUUAAAUUUUCAUUUGAAACCACCACAUUACCUAUCUCGACAGCUUAGUUUUAAAUGCGUGGAUACAUGUUAUAAGUUUAUAUGAUGAAAAUGUCCACAUCUCUGAAAUCACCACCAGCAAUGGACACCAUGUUAGUUUAUGUGAAGACUGUACUAUUUUAUUUUCUGCCUGGCUGUUAAAUAUGAAGGUAUUUUUAGAAAUUAAAUAUAACUUAUUAGAUGAGGUGAUUAUAUUUACCUUUUAUGAUAAUAUUUACAAUUUUGUACUCUGGUUACAAAAAAAGAAUCUGUGCCUC